AAGCAAGCAUGUCGGCCGACGUGAGAGCUAGAGAGAAUGGGUCUGGGUCUGAUUUGGACCUAUGUUCGGACCAACAAAAAUCUGACCCAACAACGCUUUUACUGCUGCCACUGUUCCUCUCCCUUUUCUGGGUUUUACUGGACCUGUUUUACUCCUCCGCUUUCCUCGGGUGGUUGGUGAGUCGCUUGGCGAGUUUGGUCCUCACCGACAGCGGAAUUCACCUUGGGAGCAUUCAACUCAGCCCCCUGACUAGUAGAAUACUCUUCAAAGACCUACGCUACUACUGCAGAGAUUAUUCCAUCAGUGUUGCAGAUGGCUAUAUAGCACUUCAAUGGUGGAAAAGAGCUGGGGUUGGAGCAUGCUGCCUUGGGUCAGCGGAGACAAGGAAUGCCCUGGUUCUGUUCCAGCUCAAUGGCUUUCAGCUCCACUGGUACAACUGGAGUGAUUUGUAUGACAACUGGGGUAGAGAUGGCUCCACAGAAGCUACUGGUGUGGCUGAUACUGUGGCAAACAACAGUCUUGCAUGGACUCUGUGGAAAGAUCUGCGACCAUCUUUACACUUUGCCAUUAACAAGGGAAGACUUGUGUUUGGUAAUCACCUUAUCGAGAAAAGUUUUGCAGUUUAUUCCCAUAGAGCAGAGGCCUAUUACCACACAACUGAGGCCAGUAAUGCAUUUGAUGAGUUGUUGCACGUGGUGAGGCUGAGGGGAGCCGAAAUCAGGGCAGUGUUGGAGUCCAGCUCAGGUGACGCUGUGGACAAUGUUGACCAGUUGCUGAGAUCAGACUGGGCCAGUGUUACCUAUUCGUGGGACUCCCCAGGUCUGGUUCCACUUGGGGACACCCCAGACCCUCAGUUCUCUUGGAAGGUGGAGCUGGGUACCAACUCUGUCAUCAACUAUGGCUCGUAUGCUAACCACCACAGACACUUUCUGCAGAGAUUCUUUUUCCCCAAUGACUACUCAGUAAGGCCUCCUUCCUGCAUUCCUCAACCCGGGGAGAGAAGGAUCUUCACUCACAUGGAUAUCUCUGUUCGUCUGUCCUCCAAAGGAUUUUUCAAUAUCCCCUUCCGUGAUGAUAAAGAUAAGCUGCACCAGCUUGGAUUUUCCCUUGGAGAAGGAUCAGAGGUUAACAUUCAUCAACCGUGGAUCACCAAGGAUGAUGGGUAUACUUCGCGGGUCACGGGAACCUUGGAAGCUGUGGUAGUGACUUCAGACAUGAGUUAUCCUCAUCUUGCUAGUGCUGACUCGCUCCAGUUGGACAUAGCUCUCCAUUUCCCACGGGUGUGGAAUGCCACUCAGCAAUGGGAUAUGAAACUAACAGCGUCUAAAGUUGAAAUAUCUAUUCUGUUCUCCUACAUUGACUUUGUAAAUGCCUUGCUGGAUGACUGGCUGGGUUCAGAUGAUUCAGACCUCUUGUACUUUAUCCCUCUGGACUGGACCAUCACAGUUGCUUUCUCGGACUACGAGAUCUACCUGUUCACCUCACGCUACAACUGGCUGGACAGGGAUUGCCUGGAGAAUGCUCGUCUGGCAUUCUGUGGAACCACUGGUCAGAUCAAGCUCCACUUCCCUUCUUCUGUGUUCAACCCUGCUGAGCAGGAGGUCACUUUCUCAGCAGAAGGCAAGGAUAUCGUGGUCAGACAUUUUGUGCCACCUUCCGAUUCAGCAAAGGAGGCAGUGCUUGCCCUGGCAGCUGCUAACAAGCAUCGGUGGAGAGUGAUGGAAGGGACUGGUUCAGCCAACAGAGGGUCUGCUGACAGAAAAGCAUUUCCCAUGGGGUAUAGAGGACACACGCGUAUGGAGGAUGGCUGGGUGGACCUGGCAUGUGGCCCUGUCAUCUCUCUAGUCAUUCAAUACACCAGUCGGAACCAUCACCCAGACUCUGAGGUUCCUCACACUCUGCAUGUUAAUCUCAGUGCUCCGUGUGUUCUACUGAGAGUCUUUGGGUUCUUGGCCACAGAUCUGCUUGGGUUAAAGGAGAACUACCCUGGAAUCUAUCUGGAGUUCUCCACGUACAACUCAACCUUUCCUCCAGACACUCCCACCCCCCAACCUCCCCCCCAACCACCCCUGACAAGCGUGCCUCCUGCAUCCCCACCUUCUGGACUGCCUGACCGACCAAAGCUACGAUUUGUAGACAUUAUCGUUGAUUUUGCUCUUCACAACAUCACUGCUGAAUUUCCGACAUUCCCUAGCAAAGGACUGCCCGAGGAUGCUGCUUUGCUGUCCCUGUGUACAGACAAACUGGCCAUCCUAUUGUACUACACAGAGACUGAUACAAAAGUUUACCUACACGUCACUCCUUUCACUGUGCUCAUUCCUUCAUGGCCUUCUAGUAAUGGUGCUGAAGUGGGUCACAUGCUAUGUGGUGGGCUCCAGCUGAACUGCCAUGGACUCACAGAGAUGCUGGUGGGGGAGAGGGUUGAGUAUGCCUGGCUCAUGCAGCUCCAAGUCAACAAGAUCACUGCAGCUCUCUCUACUGCUCAGCUUGCUGAGGCAGGGGCAUGGCUGCAGACUGUGGUCCACCAAGUUGUGGGUGUGGCAGACACAAGGGUGGGGGCCCCAAACGGCGUGCCAAUCCAGCCGAGGGUGGAACCUCUGUCAGAAGACAUUAAGUACUUCCUCUUUGACCUCACUCUAGCUGAGGUGGACUUCAUUGUUCUGGAGGGAGAGCAGUUUCUCAGACUGCAGAGUCCUGGUUUGGAUGCUGGUAUGUGCAAGCUUCAUGCUGAGGGUGAGACGCUGGGGAUGUCCCUACAGCUUCAAGGUCUCUCCUGCUCUGUGGCUACACCUGUUGUGGGAGAGCCUCGCAGACUGGCUGAAGCUGGCCGGCUGGCAGUGGGACCUGUUCAGGUAGAGCUCUCUUUACGAGAACCAGAGGAUUGUGUGCCUCAGAGGCAGUGGGACUUCCUGAGGAGAGCUGACGCACGUAGCAGACGUCUCUGGUUCCUGUGGGCUGAGCAACUCCAGCCUGACUGUGGCUGCUCUGGAGGGUGCGAGUUUUUGGAUGGCUCCAUCUCUCGCCAACCUGUGCUGCUUCCAGCGACUCCAUCCUCCACACUGGACCAAAGGCCAGCCAACAAUACAGUGUUAAUGUCUCUGAAGAAAUCUCUGCAGAGAGUGUGCCUUCGUGACAUUGCUUGUCCCCACCUGUUGCACACGGGACUCCUGGACUACUAUGAGGGAGAAUACCAGUCUUCACCGAGCCAACCUUCCGCUCCUGGCUCUGAAACUGAGUCCUUUGCAUCGGCCAAGGAUUCUCUCAGCUCAGAGUACAAUUCGGACACCAAUGAAUUCUACAGUCUUGAGAAUGUGAACGAGGCAGGGCUGGAUGGACACACUAUUCCUGGCAACUGGAGAAGCGAUAUGGAGGAAGGCAGAGAGACGGGGACACAGGAUCCUCUGUAUUCCCUUCUUCCCUCUUACAAGUACAACGUUCUUACUCUCCAUAUCAGCAGAGAGGCUCGUUGCACACCUCAGUCCAAGGAUGAGGGGGAGAGGCCUGGGGAUCGCCGGCUGCAAUCUGACACUCAGUUUUUUGCUCCUGCAGAGAUGAGCAGCCAUGCAAGGAGGCCAUCAGAUAUUCCACUGAACUCUCCUCCUACAAACCAGACCAAGAAUUAUGCCGUACUGCGACUCCCUGUUCUGAGCCAAGACCAGCCAGGGAAACUCCCUGCUGUCGGCAGCAGUCACGCCACCCACUCAAGAGAGACACCAGGCAGCAGACGACAGACUGGUGAGCUUCAAUCUCGGCUGACUGUGCAAGUAAGAGCACUGGGUGAUGUUACUGCCACCCUUUCUCCUCCCUCCACAAGAGUCAUAGCCAGUGUGGUGCAGUCACUGACUCACUACUUCUCACAGAGAGCAGCUGCAGCUGUGCUUACAGGCUGCUCCUUGGAGACCUGCCGGUCUCUGGACUCAUAUGUCACCAGACUCCUUCAGUCGCCUAACCCAAACCCCUUCUCUGCAGAAAUAUCUCUGGCUGUUGAGCCCGAGUGCAGUUUUGGCUUUCAGUUGCUCCAGUCGCACCCAAUGCAACAUCAGCUUUCAUCGGGAGUGAAAGGUCCUGUGUGUUCUCUCAUCACAGCUGCCAUGUCGGGCCUGCAGGUCAGCUCUCUGCUGCAGACUUGCAGUCGAUUCAAAGCUGAAGAUGAGGACAACUCGGCAACGGUGUCCUCCCUGCAACUUUGCUUGCAAGGAAAAUGUUCAUCCCUACAAGUGUCACUGGCGGCCCAACUCCACUAUGGUGAAGAGAAUUGGUCCUCUCUUCCAAACCUUCGCACAAAGUUGCAUGAGGAAUCUCCACUAAUUCAACCAAGACCUGAUAUAUGCCGACUGCUAGAGGGCGGCUGCUUUUCUUUGUCUUUCACAGUGGCUGCCAAAGUUGUGACAAUGGAGAUAAGCCCAAAGACAGUUCUUACUUGGGAGCACGUUCAAACCCUGGACAUCGGGACCAGUGGCAAAACACCCUCCCUUCAGCAGAAGGAAGAGGUCAGCAAUCAACUGGCAGUGUCAGUGUCUCUGCCUCAGGUGUGGGCUGAGGUGGCUGCUCCUGUCACUGGCACACCGAGUCCCACAACUGGUCUGUGCAAUCUGAGUUCUUGUGAGUAGCUGAAGAAUGGCUUUCUUCUCUCUGACAGGUGGACUGGACCUUCUCCUGGGGUACGAGGUUGGUGUAGUGUGGCAGAGGCACCUGGAGGCUGUCAUAAGUGGAGUAAAGACGAUGAUGGCUGUGAAACAAGACAGAGACAGAAGGACUCUCCUGUCGCUGCUCACUAAUGCUGCUCGUGGCACUCUCAAAGAGAAGGUAUCCAGUGUCCUCGCAACUCCUGUGGCAUUGGCAGUACGGCAGUGUGUGGCCUUCUGCUGUCUCCUUCAGAUGUGGUCCUCUCUUCCUGCCUUCUCUGAGGCCUCGCUGAACUCCAUCCCUUCCUCCCAUUCCUGCACAGAUGAGCUCCUUGCCACUGCCAUCUCUCUGGCAACCAGGAUCCUCUCAGAGGAUGAGUUCUCCACAGCGAAGAAGAGGCUUCGCUCCACUCCUGUGCCCAUCGACCCUGCAACCUGCCCCAGCUGUGGGCCGUACCGACUUCAACACCCCAUAGAUAGCUCUGCCUCCAGCUCCCAUUCCAAUGGUGGCUACAUCAAAGGAAUCAGCCCCUCGCCUUCAGAGCUAGCUCUGCCCAAUGUUGCCUUCAGCACUGAGCAACUCAACCAGUUAGACAUCCUAACAUUCGAGGAGAUAUACCUAUUCGUUUCAUUUCACAAAAUGGUUAUUAUUCGAGAGUCACUGCUUCCUCUGCUGACUGCUAUCAGUGUUUCCAUUGGUCCGCAGCUCAGAGUUCCUUGCCACAAUAAGAGACUGCUGCAGGUUGACUGCUCCAUUCAGCUGAGGGAAGGGACAGUUUGUGUUGCUGAGGCAACGUCUAGCCCCACUCUCCCUGCUUUCCAACUGGAACAGGUCUCCAUACAGGGCCACCUGCUGGCCAGUUACGACUUCCCCACAUCUUCCCAGCCUCCCUCUUUCUUGUUGCUGUCAAGAAGCACAACAGAAGGUGGCCCUGAGACUAACAGUAGUGUCAGAGGGAAUGUCAGUGCCCAGGCUGGCAUUGUGAGUGUUGGGAUCACUGAACCACUCAUGAAACUAUCUAGACAUCUCAUUGAGACCUCAAAGAACAUUUCACACAGGCCACGACCAACAGCCAAAUCUCCCGGCAGAGAGAGUGGAGAAAGUUCUGGAGCUCAGCCGUCUGGUCUGUGGAACUUUGCACAGAGAUUGGUCGAAGAGCUGGCAACUUUGCAGAGUGAACCACCCCGUGUUUCCCUCAGCCAUCCGUCAUCUGCUAGCUCUGUCCACUCCCGAUCAGUCCGUGCUGUAAUAACAGACUUGAGCCACAGUCCCCGUGAUAUUUACAUCAGCUCACCAACUGAAGCUCCUCACCCUCUCUCCCCGCCAACUGAGCCACCCAGCUCCCUCCCAUGUGGACUCUCACUGGAUUCUUCCAGCUCUGAGGUCCCCAUUGCAGCAGACCAUGCCACCACAACUCCAACAUCUCCUGCCUCCCAGAGUCCCCUGGACACCAGCGGAGCAGAUCUCCCCAGUUCAGACGACAUGCACCUGUCCUCUGGGUCCCAGCACAAACUUCCCACUCCCCCACCCAUCUCUCCUGAGCCCCCACAGCCCAGCGAGACUGUGGACUGGGUCACUGACGUCAGUCCUCUCUACCAGGUCCUCCAAACUCCACCAACCCAGCUCAGCCACUCCUUAUUUGGACUGUUGCGGGUGGACUCGGUGUCAGUAAAUCUUAAUGUUGAAACAUCAACCUCAUCCCUGCGUCUGGCAGGUAUCACUGGCAGUGUGGACAGCUGCAAACUGAGCACAGCUACUGAGAGGCUCCAUCUGUGGCCUUCGUACCUGUCGCUGAUGGCUACAGUCAAGACCACCCAGCUGGCAAUCAGCGAUCACUCACUUGACAUAGUGCGGCUUGUGUCCCAGCCAAUCCACUUCUCUGUGGGGCUCAGUAACAGCUCCCUGCUCCCCCUGCCGUCCUACCGCUGCCUGUUAAAGAUGUUGGGCUGCCAAUUGGUUGUCAAACAACCUCCAGUGCUAGUGCACAAGAGAGUCCAGCAGCUUUUGCCAGCAUUCACUCGGAUCUACCAAGAUGUGUUCUCCCCUGUCUCAGAGCAAAUGGCGUCAGCCAGACCAGAGGCCCCGCCUCAUGCUAGCAACAACGCUCCUGUGCAAAUGCCUUCUCAGCUUCCUCAAGGCUAUACCCACUUCAGUCUGGCCAGAGUGGAGCUGGUCAUGACUCCCCUUCCCUCUCUCAGUAUCACAUACACGAUUCAUCCUCUGACAGCCCACAUAGAGACUACUCAGAAGAUUGCAUACCAGCUCUUCAUUGGUACUCACACUCUCAGGUUCAACCCCAGAGAGCAGCAGGUCACACUGCGCAGUCUGGCGCUGCCGACAGUGAGACUGAGUGGAGAUGUCAGAAGAGGUCUGGACAGGCAUCUCCCACAAGUCUCAGUCUGUCUGACAGUGCAGAAAGUGAACAUCGACCUCACUACUGACUCCCUCAAUCAGCUUCUGGUUCUUCAGAACUCGUUCAUCAAGGAGGUGAAUGAGUUAGCUCAGCUCUUCAUCAGCAUAGGGGAGAGUCUCCCGCAGCAGAUGGCAGGCCGCAGUGCUGGGCUCCAGAGAAGAGACAGUGAUCCAGGAGCAGACCUGGACCUCCUUUCCCUCCUGGACUCCUGCCGUGUGUCCAUCGAUGAGAUCUCUGUCACUGUCAGCACUCCACUCUGCACUGCUCUACGUUUCCAGACCAGCCGCAUUGAUAUGCUCAUCACCAACUCAGAGAGUCAGGCUCCUCUGGCAGAUGUGCCCUUAGCAAAGAGCCAGCUGCUACUUCUUGGUCGGGUUGACAUACAUGUCAACCUAGCCCUUGGAUACCUCCAGGAUUCCUCCAGUGAAGACGAUGAUUUCUGUGAGCUGGCAUACUUCAAGACAAAGAUCUCCAUCAGAAACACACAGCAGAAUGCUCCACGGCUCUCCCUCGUGGGCGGGGCUAGUGAGAACGAGGGUGGAGUUCCACUGGACACAUUCUUCAUCUCAAUCAUUUGUCCCCAUCUCUACAUACAGUCUUCAGCAGUGGAGCAAGCCAUUCUAUUCUGGCUCAACUGCAAGAGUGUGUACAGCUACUGGCAGAACCAGAGAAAGUUGCUCAAUGAAGAGGUCCAGAUUGCGACAGAGAAGUUUGUAGCUCAGAUCCAGUCUCGGAGACAGAAGCCAGACAGCAGAAGAGCUGGAAAUGACUGUGAGGGCUCCUCUCUGGAAUUCUCCAAGCCUCGUCUGGUCCAGAUCAGCAUGACUGAUGUUGGGGCCUGCAUGCCCAUGUCUCCUGUGCUCUACACUCCGCAGACCUCACAGUCAUUUCCAGCUCUAGUGCUGACCGUGAAAGAGAUGCUGCUAGUGCUGAACCUGAGCAGACGAGUAGCCAGCUCUGGAAGCCUGUCUGGCUUCUGUCUGAGGUUUGCCAACCAGUUCACUCUGAGACAGAGAACAUGGACCACAGACCUCAAGAAGAACAAGAUGAUCAACUGCGGUAUCGUCAGCCAGGGAACCUUCAGACUGUGUGUGGCUACAAAGAAGCAACACAGUGAAACUGAUGAUUCAGUGGUUCUUGGAGAGAAAUUGGUGUGGGCAUUCCAAUGGGACAUGUCAGGAAUUGACGUCAAUGCCAAUUCAGACAUUGGCCACCAUUUAUCUACCUUGGUCCGCACGGCAACAACCAUUGGCACCAGUUUGGAGGGUCAGCAACCGACUCACCUCGCCCGCACCACUGCUCCUGCCACUCCUCCCACCAAGACACCUCGCAAACUGCACAAGAGAGCCAUGUCAGAGGCAGGACCAGUCAGACACGAGCCCAAGAGAGUCCACAUGGAGGAGGGUAUGACCAAUCUGGCCAAGGGAACUAUCAACGUCUCCAACUUACAGUCUCUGGGUGCCAGUCGAGAGAGCAUCAAGAGGGAAAUGGAGGUCCUGAAAGAAACAGAGCAGCAGCUGAGGAAGAACGUGGGCAAGUUGUUCAGACGACGCAGGGGCUUCUCUUUCCAGAGAAUCGCCGAGUUCUUCAAACCAACCAGUGCCGGGAGGGUGGGAAGAGGAAGGGGAGUUGGGAUGCAGAGACACUGGACUUUGAAGGCCCCUCGGAGGCUGUUCAGUGCUGGAGACUCAAGGUCUACCAUCCCGGAGGAGGUGCCAGAACUGACCCAUUCCCCAGUGAGGCAGCGAGCAAAGACACUGCCUGGAGGCAGACAUCUGCGCACUGUGUCAGAUGUGACAGAGCAGUUCACAACUGCCAGAGAUGAGGAUAGCUCUUCCCCUGGCCUCACUCCCUCAGCAACUCCAGUUCCCGGAGAAGAGGUCCCUGGUUCUCCGUUCCCUCCCACUCCAUAUUCCUCCACCCCUGCCCACCAGACCUUCUCCUUCCUGCCUCAGAAGCCAGCUGAGUCACAGCGCAGUGGACUAGUCACCUCCAUUGAUGUGGAGGUCAACAUCACAGUCAAUAUAGACAGUGGAAUAGUGAAACUGCGCUGUAAGGAAGAGAGUGUUCCAAUUCAACGGACCUCCAGUCCAAGUCUGCUUGCUCAUGCCCACUACCUGAUGCACACCUACUGUGCUUCUUCCUCCUCUCCUCUCCAGCCACGCAAGCAACAGGGCGGCUCAGCAAACGACACUAUUAUCAUUCUCAUACCAGCUCUCAGUGUUCAGGUCCACUACACAAUCUCUCAUUGGAGAGUCCUAUCAGUUCCCUUCUCCAUCCUCAUCCCUCGCGCCAUGACCCCCCACUUCCCCGAGCAACAACUACCGAACAUUGAAAUCUCCCCAGGCACUCCAGACUCUGUGGCCCAAGCCCUGAAGAGAGGAGUACUGCAGUGUCAGUGGUGGUUAUGUCGACUCCUGAGGACAGACUCUUACCCCAAGUCUACUAGAGUUUGUGGAGCAGGUGUGCGACCACAAUCGCAGCACAGCGUGGUGGCAAGCCGACAGGCAGUAGUGAUGGGGAGAGUGAGGAGGGAAGCGAGGGAGAGGAAGAGGAGGACACUCGGGAGAAGACGGACACUCCACCCAUCUCAUUCCCAGUCGACGUCACCAUUGUGUUUCACAUGCAGCCAUCCAGAGUCUGCUUCUCUGCAGCCUCACUCCCAAGUCCACUGCAUUGUGUGCAGCCCAACGUUAACUUUUGUUGUUUCCUUCCCUCUUCUCAGCAAGAGAGGUGGAGGGAGCAGUCAUCCCCUACACCCCACUCGGUCGUCACCUUCAACAACCUGUUUGUGACUGGCUGCCUCAGACCUUUACACUGCAGUUUUGUCCUCAUGUCCACAAGUCUCUUCUCUGAAGCAAAAUGAGUCAGAGAGUCAAAGACAACAGACAAGAGGCCCUCUCUUUAACUCUACGGGCAAGCUCUUGGUUCAUACCUGUCCCGCAUAGUACGGUGUGAUGCUGUUCUGUGUAGCAUAGCAUGAGAUAGGGCUCUCUCAGAAGAUUCUCAUCAGCCCAGCCAACUUCAUGGUGUGCGGGGGUGGCCAGCGCAUUGCCCAGCCUUGUGCUCUGUUAGACUAUGAUAUGCGCUGAAUAGCUCAAAUGACCUCACUGUCAUUCCGACGAUACUGCAGGUACCGAGACUAGUCGCGGUGGAAUGAGGCCUUCAUCUGGCUCAAAGAAACUAGCAACAGUUGGACUGC